UAGCGGCAGUUGCUAACGUGCUCCAACCUCGGACAGUUGCACAGCAGAAGGUCUUGAAACUCUUUACGACUGACGGUGAAGUCUUUCGCUCCCAAAGAGUUGGAAAUAUUACGAGAACACUGCCGAAGCCAUGGAGAGGUUAAUUAUCCUCUUGUGCUGGGAGUUCUUGGUGUUCAUGCUUUGCUACGGAUACGUAGCUUCCGUCAGUAAUCCAGGUGGUAAAAACUCCCUCUGGUCGUAUGACAACAUGCUGAGCUUAUUCGAGAAUGAUCAGCUAGGUGAACUGCAGCAUGAAGUUUCUGAAAGACUAGGAGAUGCUCCGACUCAUGAGGAAUGGACAGAGAUACUCAGCACUCUGAAGGAUGAUAGCGAGCGGCCGGUUUCCAUAUGGAAACCUGAUUUCCAGUUUCUUUUCGACGGCGUCGGAUACGCUACUUAUCCCACGGGCGACAUUAGCCUAGCCAAGAAAACCUACGCGAAUUUCCAGGAACAGGGCAAGAUCCUGGACACGUUGAGCGUUACGUUUUUCACCGGCAAAGAGAACGAUUCAUCUCCUGACGAGAUGGUGGGAGCAACAGGCACUGUCGCCUCCUACACUUUCACAGAAGUCACACCGAGCACUGUACAAGUGGAGUACAUAUCGUCUAGUACGAUGUUCCUGGAAGAGCAGAAAACUUACGCGACCUUCGGCAGCAAGCUGACAGGUUCCAGAAGCAACACGUUCAAGAUCCACAACGCGACGUUCAGCAUGACGAAGAAGUUCUUCUCCGUAGAAGACACCGCGCUCGGCCUGACGAAGAGGAAGGGGGAGCGCAACUUGGUCGGAAUAUCCUUCGGGAAGGACCUCCCCCAUUUCGUGAACGGAACGGACUCGAUUUCCGACUCCAAGACGGGCGCGGACGUCACCGCGAGAAUUACCGGCUCGUUACCGAGCGAGGGAAAGGGCAACUACGCUCUCUAUAUCGUUAGCAAAGUAGUGAACGAAUUAUCAGCCAAAAAUGACUUCCUGGAAAUAGCAGUCCACGGGUACUGUGAUUUUCCGCGGUCUCUGAACGAGGACUUCCUGCCAGAAAUAUUUGUGGAUUAAAUGUAAUUUUUUAAAGUAAUGAAAUUCACACUAACAGAUUACAUACGCUCGUAUGUGCAUGUUUAUCUACACAUUAUUAUUAUUAUUAUUAUUAUUAUUAUUAUUAUUAUUAUUAUUAUUAUUAUUAUUAUUAGCUAAGCUGCC